CACGUUGUGCUCUACGUCACUUCCGGGUGCGCGGACGCUCAGACUGCUGAUUCACAUCACACGCGGAAAGCGAUGAGUUGUACGUGAAGAAACAUAAACAUGACACUGAUAUAGACUCCGUCAACUCAACUGCAGCGUUUCCCGACAGGUGAUCAUGGUCCCUACAGACUUUAAAGACCUAAUCCAGAGGUUUUAUCUUCUUCAGUCUGAGCGGGUGGAGACCUAUCGUCUCUUUGAAGAAGGACACGAGGCCUACUUGAGGACGGGGCCCCAUUACGACUUCGACCACUACAGGCAGCUGGUGCAUGAGAUAACGCUGGCCUUCUGCGGCAUCUCCGAGGAAGUGCUGCAGAUCAAGGGGAGGCUGCACGGUGACUUUGACAGGCCAGAGCUCUGCGAGCACAUUGAGAAGCUGCAGAGCAAAGAGAAGCAGAAACUUGAACUGACAGCCAAGCUGCAGCUGGCCAGGCAGCGGGCCCAGGAUCACCCGGAGGACGAAGGCUGUCAAGAAGAGAUUCAAGAGAUCAAGCACGAAAUCAUCAAGAACAAAGAGGCUCUGAGUGAGAUCAUGCAGGACUUUAAGUAUGACUCAGAGGAGUUUGAUUGACAGGUGAGUCCCCGGGGGCCCACGGCCGCCCUCUCACAUCACCAGACAUCCAAGCUGACGGGUCAACUCGGCCCUGCUGCAACUUCCAUCUCGUUCUCCUCAGCUGCAAUUAUCGAUCCCCCUCUGGCUCCACCCUGCUCGCUGCUGCAGUCUUAUUCCACCAAGGGGGCUUUUCACAAUCUGGCUCUGUGUGUGUUUCUGUCAGAGGUCAUGUGUUUGUGUUAAUGCAUGCCUGAGCAAAAAAAAAAAAAAAUGCUGAAGUUGCAAUGAAAUCGAUAAAGUGUAAAUACUGAAAAAAGUCGAAUAACACUUAAAAGCUCAUCCAUCUUUGUUUACUUGAUACAUUAUAUUUUUGAAUUAAAAAAACAAACUUAACAAGA